CCCCCCUGUGUCGUUUUCCUCUUCCUAAAUUAUAAAGCUGGCGCUUACGCCACCCUGCAGUUUAGUCUGUAAAGGACUCUUUCAUCCUUCUUUUCAAGACCGUGACCCUAAGCAAAAGUUCGAUUCUUUUCUUCUCACGGCAUACGUGCAUUGUCGUUUAAGCUAUCACGCUCUCCCCUGUUCAAUUCAGCUGUCAAGAAUCCUUAUUUGCAGCCGCUGAACUCUGUGCCGGGCCUGGCUUUUGAUUCGACUCCUGAAUGUAUGUUCCUUGACGUCGGCGGGUUUUGAAGUGCCAAUUCUUGCUUCAAAGCUACAAAUUUAAUCAUGGAAGUAUCCCUAUCAAAAAGAGGCUAAGAGUGGGGCAAGUGGUUUCUCCUUUCCUGUGGACUGCAUGAAAACGAAGGGAAUAUGUGGAUUGAAGAUGAAGCAGAUGCACAUUUUGGGCUUUCUUUGUAUACUGAUGUUGCUUGUUGUCUAUAGGACCACUAUUUUUCAGUACCAACAAGAAGAGAUGGAAUCAAAAUUUGAUCCACUCUACUUUUCAGAGGAAGCUCAUGUGGCCCAUGGAAGUUCAAGUAGUUUGCCACAUGGCAUUGUUGAGGCUUCAUCAGAUCUCGAGCUAAAGCCUCUCAUGGGUAUGCACAUUUCAAAGUCAAAGGUUAGUGUUAAAGGAUAUCAUAACUUGUUGGCAAUGCCAGUUGGCAUUGAACAGAAGGAUAAUGUUGAUGAAAUUAUUCAAAAGUUUCUCUCGGAGAAUUUCACAAUUGUUUUAUUCCAUUAUGAUGGUAAUGUGGAUGGGUGGCGGGAUCUUGCAUGGAGUAAGGAAGCCGUUCAUGUAGUUGCUCUUCAUCAAACAAAGUGGUGGUUUGCUAAGCGUUUUCUGCAUCCUGAUAUUGUAUCUAUUUAUGACUACAUAUUUCUAUGGGAUGAAGAUUUAGGCGUGCAGAAUUUUCAUCCUGCAAGAUACCUAGAAAUUGUAAAAUCGGAAGGACUAGAGAUAUCUCAGCCAGCUCUAGACCCUAAUUCGCCCGGCAUACAUCAUAGGAUUACAGUAAGAAGCAGAACAAACAGGUUUCACAGAAGAGUAAAUCAGGGUAAAGGUAGUAAAAAAUGUUCAGAUGAAAGUGAAGGCCCUCCUUGCAGUGGGUUUGUGGAAGGAAUGGCUCCAGUCUUUUCAAGGUACGCAUGGCGUUGUGUAUGGCAUCUUAUACAGAAUGAUCUUGUUCAUGGAUGGGGAAUGGACAUGAAAUUAGGUUAUUGCGCUCAGGGUGACCGGGCAAAGAAGGUGGGCAUAGUUGACAGUGAAUAUGUAGUACACCUCGGCAUUCAAUCGUUAGGCGGCUCGCCCCCUAAUAAGGCUUCAAGUCCUCAACCGUCCCCAAAGGUUCGUGGAAUGGAUAUGAGAGUUAAGAUUAGAAGGCAAUCAACAUAUGAGCUGCAAAUAUUCAAGGAGAGAUGGGAGGAAGCAGUGAAAGAAGACAAGAAGUGGGUGGACCCAUACAAACACAAAUCUACCCCCAACCUUGAUACACUCUCAACCCAUUGGUGGUGAUAUAUGAUCAAAUCUAUCUAUCUCAAGUACAUUUACUGUGUGUAUGCAAACACCAUAUGACCAUAUUAGGCCCAUCAUACUGUAUAUAUAUACUGUUUGUAAUUAUUAAUUUUUUACCGUUAAUAAAGUUAUUAUUAUUACUUGAUUUUUAUCUAUUAA